GUUGGGUCGUGAGAGGGAAAGGAGGUAGUCGGAAUAGAGGGUAGGGAUAGUGUGGAGGAUAUUAUCACGUAGGGACUCAUCGUCCUCUACUGGGGGAAAGGUUCCGGAGAUGAUAAAGUACAACUCCAUAUGGUUAUACUGUCUCCAGGCGACACUGAAGACAAGGAUGUUGAGGGGAAAUGAUGGGGAGCGGUGAGGGAAGAUCGUGCAUAAGAGUCACACAACAAAGUGGUGACAGAAAAGCUGGUUGGCGAAAAUGUGGAUGGUUAGAGGGAACUCAAUGUGGGGAAGAGGAGAGAAGGAGAGGUAAUCAAGAGGGCGGCGGUAAAUCGGACGAGGGCGGAGUGCUUGUGCGGGGAAGAGCACGGGGACGAAGUGCGGAGGGGGCGGUGGAAGUGGGACAUGGUGAGCGAGAGUGGCAGCGGCGGCGGGAAGAUUCUGCGCCAUCGUGUCGACUGGCGGUGUCGGGAGAGACUUCGGGAUUGAGAGCAGAUUCUCCUCGCUCAGCGGGUGGUACUUGUGCCGACGGGGCAUCCGCCUCUUCCUUUGACGUCGACCCGGCUUCCGAUUCUUUUUCAACUGACAGACCUGCAAUGGUUAUACGACCAGGAUCGUCGUCAGAUGGUACUUCGCCUGACGGGUUCGGCUUGGCUGGGGUCGUUGGGAUAGAAGGAGAUGAUACUUGCUGGCAGGUCGUCGACGAGCUGGGACAUAAAGAUGAAGAAGGGGAGGCAGGAUCUUCGUCUGCGCUAGAGAAAGAUGGCGAAGGCGAGAUAGGGUCCUCUGAAGGUGGGAGGGAACGAAGGUAUGAGGAAUUUUGUAAAACUGUCGCAGAGUCUACCUUUCCGGCACUUCGUCAGGAGGUCCGUGUUUCGAGGAGAGCACAGUCACUUACUGCAGGGCCGUUUGCGUCCCAACCUGCGAAAGGUCGAGUGAGGGUCUCCAAAGGGACUGCUCCCUCAGGGUCAAGGCAGCGGGAAGGUUCACCUUUUCAUUCGCCCCAAGCGUGUGUUGGAUCCACUGCCGCAGCAGAUGCGCGCUCGAGUGCGAAAACGAAGAAGAAAAUGCUCGCGCGGAAAACGGUUGCCAAAGAUAAGAAGAAAGUGGAGGAGCCAAAGUCUGAAAAGAGGAAAACGGCGGAGAAGAAGUCCGUGAAAGGGAAGGAUCAAACAGAAGAAAAGUUGCCAGUGGCGAAGGAGCUUACUCCUAACGACGAGGCUGAGAAACUCUCUCGAAUGUGGGAGGAGUUAAAAGAGCUUAAUGACAAGAAGCUUGACGCCAACUCGUUCACCCUUCCAGCGUCUUGCCUCCUUCGACCUCCUGCUGAUGACAGUGGCAAGAGACCACUGGAGGUUCGCGAGCCCGAGGAGAGGCAGGUCCGGCGGAUCGUGGACUCCAUGAAGAGGAACCCUUUUGCAGACACUUUGGCUCACAUCGGCUUGAUUGAUCCUUCGCAUGCUCGUACGAAGGAAGAUGUGGAUCUCGGCAAGCUGCUCUCUGGGGGCUACAAAGUUUUCGUGCUCGGUGGUGGACACACAAAGGAGGUCAGAGAACGCCUUAGGAACCUUUACCCGACCGUCUCUGCUUUCCAAAAGGCGAAUUGUUUCAUUUACGUCGGCCUCACCGUCCAGGAAGCUCGUAAGAUCGCGCACGAGCACAACCACAUUGCAGGCUUCCACCAGGACUUCAGUUUCAUCCAGAAACUGAAUUGUGGGCGAUCGAUUGGCUGCCAAAAGAAUGCCGCUACGAAGACUGCAUGCUUGCAGGAAAUUGGAUUUUCAAACCCAGACAAAGAUCUUUUGCAGAGGUCGGAUCCACAUUUCCAGGUCUGCAUGCGGUCCAAGGAAGUGUGGGCCCCUCAACUGAAGAUAUUCGAUAUGUGGUUGAAAGGGGAUUGUCUGGACCAGAAAAUGAAGGUCCCUACUGGGAAAAAGGCAAAAAUUUAUAGUGAUGAUAGCGAGGCGGGUGGCUCAGAAGGAACUCGGCCGGUAGCGAAGAAAAAAUUGAAGAAAUUCAAUUCUGCUGAAGCCCAACGUCAGGUUGACAAGUGCCCGCGCUGCAUCAAGGGAAUCCGCGCUCGCAUUCUGAACGAUAUUGGCCCUACGAUUGAAAGAGAAAGCAGGCGCGAUGAGACCGCAGAGGAGGAUAAGACUUACAAUUGUGCAGUCGUUGCAGAGCACACAACUGCAGCAACAACGCCGACCUCUGCUGCAGCAGUAGCAAACGCAGCCGAACCAGCAGCAGCAGGACCACCCGCAGCAGAAGCACCACCAGCAGGAGCACCAGCACCACCACCACCACCACCAGCAGCAGCAACAGCAGCAGCAGCAGCAGAACCAGCAGCAGCAGCAGCAGCAGCACCAGCACCAGCAGCAACAGCACCACCAGCAGCAGCAGCGGCAGCAGCAGCAGCAGUAACAGAACCACCCGCAGCAGCAGCAGCAACAGAACCACCCGCAGCGGCAGCAGCAGUAGCAGCAGCAGCGAGCGCACAAGGGGCAGCGAGCGAGCCAGCAACAGCUGGACCAGGCACAGAAGCGCUCGCACAGCGAGAGGCAGCGGGACCUGCACACAGCCAAAACUCCUCACGUGGGACAACUACGAGGUCAAGGAAACCCAAGAUCGCCGGUGACGAGGUUUUCAUUGGAGAGCUCGGUGAAUACUUGGAUCCACGUCUUAAGACCAGGCUUCUUCCGUUCAGGUACCUAGUCGCUGAGCCGACGUCGACACCAAGCCCGUCGAAAACGAAGCCAGGCAAGCGAAGAACGCCUCCUCCAGUUGUAGUCUCCCCGCAGAGGUGUGUCGAGUCCUCGGCAGCUCUGGAGAAAGUUUCUGGUACGAAGCCAAAAGCUCCGAAAAAGAAAGUACUUGCGGAGAAAGUCGCGGCGUCUUCGAAAGGGAAAGGCAAAGCUCCACAAGACGAGCUGGGUACAAAGCCGAAAGCUCCGAAAAAGAAAGUACCUGCGCCGAAAGUCGCGGCGUCUUCGAAAGGGAAAGGCAAAGCUCCGCAAGACGAGCUUCAAGUUCCUUGAGGUCUUGUUCCCGGCGAACUCACCGACGAGCUGACACGGGCCUGGAACAAGCAGGAGAGUCUAAAGGAGAAGAAAAUUUCCCAAGAGC